CUUCCCUAGUGGCCUAUGUCCCUUGCCCGGGGUCAUGGAGACGCUGCAGCCACCACGGCGACGCCUCUGUCCGAAGAAGGGGAAGUGACCUCCGGUCUCCAGGCUCUGGCCGUGGAGGACACCGGAGGUCCCUCUGCCUCGGCCACUAAGGCCGAGGAAGAGGGGAGAGGAGGCGGUGAGGAGGCCGAGCGUGAGGGGUCCGGGCCCGAGGACGCGCAGGGAGAAGCCCCCAGCGCUGGGGGGGAAGAGCUUGCCGAGGGAGAAUCCGAGGACUGGUGCGUGCCCUGCAGCGAUGAGGAGGUGGAGCUGCCCGUGGAUGGACAGUCCUGGAUGCCCCCGCCCUCCGAAAUCCAGCGGCUCUAUGAACUGCUGGCUGCCCACGGUACCCUGGAGCUUAAAGCCGAGAUCCUGCCCCGCCGGCCUCCAACGCCCGAGGCCCAGAGUGAAGAGGAGAGAACCGAUGAGGAGCCGGAGACCAAAGAAGAGGAAGAGGAAAAACCGCACAUGCCCACGGAAUUUGACUUUGAUGAUGAGCCCAUGACUCCAAAGGACUCCCUGAUCGACCGGAGACGCACCCCAGGAAGCUCAGCCCGAAGCCAGAAACGGGAGGCCCGCCUGGACAAGGUCCUCUCAGACAUGAAGCGACACAAGAAGCUGGAGGAACAGAUCCUUCGGACCGGGAGGGACCUUUUCAGCCUGGACUCAGAGGACCCCAGUGCCAGCAGCCCCCCACUCCGGUCCUCAGGGAGUAGCCUCUUCCCCCGGCAGCGGAAGUACUGACUGCUGCUGCUACUGACUCUAGGCCUGCUGGGGUCUGGGCCCUCCUUCCCUAAGCCAGGAUGCUGGGAAAAUUGGGAAGAAGAGAGAAACCCCACGCUCCCAACUCCGCACACUGCAGGGAAGAGGGAGUCUGUGUAUUUGUUUUCUGUUGAACAUCUGCUUGGAGACCUGGGCUGAAUUUUCUGUGUAAAAUAAAAGAUACAGAGUUAUCUUCUCUUAAGAA